AUGGCACCAAAAAAAACGGCAGCCUCCGAAGAAGUAAUUUCAUCUUCUGAAUCACCCACUAAAGAUGAAAUAGUGUCGGGAAAAGUUAAAUCCGGUUUGUAAUGGAUGUGUUGUUUAGGCAAAUUUGGGUAUCCUAAUAUUACUGACAUUUCGUUUGUUGACGGUUAUACAUUUUUCACUUUCAUUUCGUUAGAUUCCAGCGAAGCACCUGCUGUGGCACGGAAAACCCCCCUUCAUCCACCAACAAUGAUGAUGGUCAAAGAAGCGCUGAAGGAGUUGGACUCUCGAAAGGGGGUUUCCUCGCAGGCCAUUCGUAGUUACAUAACAGAGAAAUAUCCACCUUUGGACCUGGUGAAGUUGAAAUACAUGAUACGCAAAGCCCUGAACAAAGGAAUCGAGAGCGGGGUCUUAGUGAGGCCACCUAACUCCACUGCAAAUGGCGCACAGGGGAGGUUUCGGGUUAGUGACCCUCGCCUAUAUUUUUGGUUAGGAUAAUUGUUAACUAGGCAUAAAUGUCAACCAAUUAAUUAAAUCAUGAAAAACUUUCCAAGGUGAAUGGGCUUUAUGUUGUGUAUGGGGUAGCUUACCUGCCAAAUGGGCCUAGUGGUUUUUGAAUACACAUUUGAGCGUUAGUGUUUGUUAUUCAAGUCAACGUUACAUCAAAACAUUGCAUUGACCAUGGGUUUGUUUAUCAAAUGUAGUUCAACGUCUUUUCCCCCUCCCUUGCCAGCUUGCAGUCAGGGGCAAGGUGAAGGAGCCCAAGCCUAAGGCCACUGAAAACACUGAUCCCAACGUGAAGGCUGCCAAGGCUGGAGCCAAGAAGACCAAGGAGAAGGAAGCAGGUAAACUGCAUCUAUUUUGUUCAUCACACCUUGGAUUUAGACACAACCCUAUAAUCUCCCCAAUUGGCUGGGAUAAUUGUUUAUUGAGCAACACUCAUUGCAAUGGAGGGAAUUGAACAACGUAGGGCUGGGAAUUGCCAGGGACCUCGUGAUAGGAUAUCACAAUACUUAGGUGCCGAUACGAUAUGUAUUGUGAUUCGAUGUUCCAAACCAGAUAACAAGCACACCUUUGGCCGAAGUAUCAAAUUGUAUGGGGAAUGUAUUUUGGGGCACAUUUGCACAUUGGGAAGAUGUCGGCGAGACUUCAGGAUAUAAUGUUUGUCUGGCCGACGUAUAAACAAUGUACAAUUUAGGCAUUCUAAAUUAAUCUGCAAGAUGUUGGGCAGAUGUAUUUGCGCUAUCGGGGAACAAAUUGCUGACUGUCUGCUGCAGAGCAUGCGAAAUGCGUUUUGAUCAGUCAUAGAAAUAAGUGCUGAAAACAUGUUGGCUCAAUACUUAAAAAGAUGGCGCACAAGCCAAAGGAUGAACAAUGCGCUACCUAGCAAUUUUUUUUUUUUACAAAUCGAUACCUUGAGUCUGUAUUGCUAUAAUAUCGCGGUAUGUAAAAUGUUUUCAUCAGAACAAGGCACAUUCUAUGACUUGUAUUGGUAUCUCACUAAUCCUUUUUGUAGUGUCCAUGAUUGCGUGUAGCUCCAUUUACAUCACUAACUUGUCUCUAGUUGCUGAGAAAAAAACUACAGCCAAAAAGCAGAAGGAGAAGACUUCAGAGGCAAGUGUGAUCUAUGUUCUGACAAUUGGCAUAGUUCAAGUGGUUUUGGUGGGUAAGCAGUGUUUUAUGUACCUUGGUCAUAAUGUGUACUGUUCCCUGUUUAGGCUUUAUCAUGGUUAAAUUUCAUCUCUCAUUUUCAAUGGGUGAUUGUAUCGCAAAUCUAACAGUCAUUUUCAUGUUUAAGGAUGCAAAACCCAAGAAGGGUCCUGGUGGCUCCAAGGUGGCCCCUGCUAAGAAGCCCAAGGCAAAGAGGCCUGCUGAGGGGGCUGCUGAGGACCAUCCCAAACCCAAAGCACUGAAGGCAGCCAAGAAGGGCGAGGGGGCAGCCAAGAAGGGCGAGGGGGCAGCCAAGAAGGGCGAGGGGGCAGCCAAGAAGGGCGAGGGGGCAGCCAAGAAGGGCGAGGGGGCAGCCAAGAAGGGCGAGGGGGCAGCCAAGAAGGGCGAGGGGGGUAAUGAAGGGGACACUGUGGCUCCUGCUGCUAGAACCACAGGGAAACGAGGCAAGAAGGCAGCAGCUGAGUGA